AGUGCCAGUGAAUGACGAAAAAAAGCCCCAAAGGCGCACUGGGCGCACUGGGAAUGGUUUCAGCCGUUACACACCGCCACGGAGACACGGAGAGCUCUUCCAGCUGCAGGUCGGUACUUCAGCCGUCACUCUAAUGAUCAUGUUGAUGAUGGGGAAAUGAUGCAGAUGUUUUUUUUUUUUUCUUCCUUCCUGUAAUCGGACAUCCUGACCUGGCGCAUUUUUUUGACGCACUUUGCACAAGGCCUACUUUUUGGAAAUAUUAACACAAUUUAUUUAAUGAAAGAUACAUAAACGGAUAAAUAAUGAAAUAACCGGAGGUGCUGUUAAACAUCGAGCUCGCUCUCGGUCUGUAAUCCGCCGGCUCCCUCUCCUCUCCUCUCCUCUCCUUUCCUCUUUUCUCCGCAACCGAAAAAACGCUUCAUCCGCAUUAGCGGCGCGCGCGGAUCCGCAAAAUCGAACCGAGCUCGCGGCUUCCGGGGGGCGAGGCGAGUCGGUGUGCGCGCGCUAAGACCCAUGAGGACCAACGAACAACCGGGACACCCAUAGACGCCGAGUGUAAUGUUAGGGCUGGAGUGUGUGUUGCCGAGGGAAUGAGAUUGCGUGGCAGGGAUCUGGAGGAUUCCACCGGCUCCUGGAUACCGAGCGUCCUGCGUGUGCAGAGUGUCAGGCUCCGCCUUCGACUCGAUCGCCGUACAGACAGGGGGAGGAGCCUCUGGCAGCUGGUCGAUCUGAACGCAGAAACCGUGCCGAGUGGGCGGGGCUUGUGGGAUAGGACACUGCCUAAUUGUUCAGAAAAGAGGAGGAAGGAAGGAAGACGCGUCACGCUGCUCUCUCUCUCUCUCUCUCUCUCUCUCUCGCAUCUGAACGAAAACUGUGGAUUAUUCAACCUGCAUCGGGAUUACAGAAAUAAUAAUAUAUUAAUAAGAACCAGUGAGAUGGAGUGGGACAAACCGAGGACAGGUCUGAUGAGUAUUCCUACUGCAUCUGGACAGACAGGGGGUGGAGACAUGCAGUCACCUGGGGCAAUAAGCCCCUCCUUUCUUCCACCCCCAUCUGGAAAGGUUCCGGGUCGCAAGAGGGGACGUCCACCGCUCAAAAGGCAUCCGGAGUAUCAGAGUCGUUACCCAGAAUCCCUCCCUCCCAUCAAAGUGCCUAAGAAGAGAGGGAGGAAGCCUGGAUUCAAGCUGAAGUCCCGGUUGGCGAUGACUCCUCUGGCCAUCUCUCCUCCCAGCAGCACUCCGGAACCAGACAUGAGCUCGAUCCCUCAGGACGCUGCCACUGUUCCUCACUCUGCCACGCCAGAGGUCCUUACAGUGUGUAUCUACGUGAAUAAACAGGUGAACACUGGCCCAAACCUGGACAGACAGAAAGUCAUGCAGCUUCCCGAUCACCUAGGCCCGGCGCGGCCCUCUGUAGUGCUCCAGCAGGCUGUGCAGGGUUGCAUCGAUAGUGCUUACCAGCAGAAAACCGUUUUCACCCUGCUCACACAGGGCUACGGAGGAGAGAAGAUAUCAGCCACCUUUGAUGGCAAGCAGCACCUUUUAAGCCUGCCAGUAGUGAACAGUGUUGGUUAUAUCCUUCGCUUCCUCAAAAAGCUCUGUAGAAGCCUCCUGUGCGAGAACCUCUUCAGCGAUCAGCCAAUCGCACUUUCCUCAUCUCCCUCUUCCUCUUCCUCAGCCCACACAGACAAGCAUUCAGAUGGACAAUCCAAGUCGACAGAUUCUAUGGUGGAUGAUUACCACUCUGAACCAAUGGAGCCCAAGCGCUACUCUGUCGACCACAGUGACACAUCCUUUGGUCUGAUGACAUCACCGUACAUAGCAUCGAAAUCCAGCUAUGGGUUUCGUUCUGGCACCACCUACUCUGGGGGCGUGUGCAGACCCUCAGCCAGUCCCAGUGCAUUCCAGGAAGGAAACAGAAGUGCCUACAGUCCAUCCCCGGAGGCAGGUGAGUCAAAGCCUCCUUCGAGUAAAGACCCAUCCCGUUGGAGCGUAGAGGAAGUGGUGUGGUUUAUCAAAGACGCAGACCCUCAGGCCCUUGGUCCACACGUCGAACUCUUCCGAAAACAUGAGAUCGAUGGAGAUGCUCUCCUGCUGCUGAAGAGUGAUAUGAUCAUGAAAUACCUGGGACUCAAGCUCGGCCCAGCCCUCAAACUCUGCUACCACAUUGACAAGUUAAAACAGACCAAGUUCUGAAAUUGGCUUGGCUAUAACCAUCCCCAAAAACACACACACACACACACACUUACACACACACACGCAUGCUUAUCUACUACUCCCUCAGACACACAUACACAUGGUCUCAUACACUUACAUGGACUACUUCACGAUAUCAAGACCUCAUUUUCUUUGGUUUUCAUUUGUGUCCUUCAUACGCAUUUUUGACCCUGACCUACCAAGUGCCCACAAACUUUUUAAUGUCUGUGGUUAUUUUGGACUCGACACUAAUUAACGAAUCCCAUGAGCUUGCUUUAACAUGGGUUGAGAAACUGACGAGGCACCCAUAAUGUUAUCGCUGGGACUUUCUUUGGGACCACAGAGCUCCUGGAAUUGUAUAUACUAAAGAUAGAUGAAGAUGAGGACAGCAAAAAUAUCACCCGAGGAGAAUGAGAUUUUGGAGAUAAUUUGUCAUGGACUAGACUCAUACAGGUUUACGCAAUGUGAGGAUCAUUUAAAAGUGGUGUUUAGCCACCUUGUGGUUAAACUAAGACAUUACAGCUCCCUGUGACGCUAGUUCCAAGAGCAGCUAAUCAAGACUUGAUCAUCCUGUAUAUUCAUAUUGAACUGUACAGACACAGUGCUUUAGAGUGGGAGUCACACCUUAAAUUCUAGUUUCUAACUUAAACACACAACAGGGCUACUACUGGUAACCAGCAAAAUACAGGCACUGAUACAACCGUGGACCAAUCACGAGACUCAAUAUUCGUUAGGGUUUUGGGUUACUUGCCAUGCUUCUAAUCUUUAAUUUGUAAGGCAGACCUGCAGUAAGGACAUGCAUUACAGCACACCAUAACAACAGCACAAUCCUGGUUUAACAACAAGGACCAAAUCCAGGUAGAACCACCAUGGCAGGUUUCUUCAUUAAGUCAGACACACACACACACACACACACACACACACACACACACACACACACACACACACACACCUGCCUCAGUUCAAUAAGGUGCAUAUAUAACAAUGAACAUGGAUAUUAUUCUACAGGGUAUUAAAAAAUGGAUUUAAACCUUGGUUAACAAAAUAUAUCUCACAUGUUAACCUUAAAGGAUACUAAUCAAUGUCAGUAUGAACACUGAAGUGUGUGUUAUUUAGCUAUACAAGCAUGCCGACUCAUCCCAAAACAACCAGUACAAAGGGAAAGAAAGAAAACCACAAAAUUGCCUUGGUCUCAUUUUAAUUAUUAUUAUUAU